ACGUGUUAUUAGAAGGCAAAUCUGAGAAACAAUUAGAGAUAUUAAUACUGUUAAAUACGUAGAGUCAUUAGAUAAUGCUGGAGAUAGUUAUAAAAGAAUAGGCGGAUGCGUUCAGGUCAUCAUUUAGUUGUGUGCUUUCGAAGGAGAACCAUGAAGUUCCUGCUGCUAACCGUCGCCUGCGCAGUGGCCGUCUCAGCCGUGCCCUUCGGUCCGAUCCCGCCCUACGGCGGCGGCAUGGGCAUGGGCAUGGGCAUGCCCAUAGGCGGCGGGCUGGGCAUGGGUGGUGUCGGUGGCGGCCAGUACGGCGGUGGUCAGCAGUUUGCUGGCGGCAGCUCUGGGUUCGGAGGUGGUUCUUCGAUGGGAGCUGGACAGCAAGGCUUCCAGCAAGGUGGACAACAGAGCAGCUUCCAUCAGGUAACAUCAGCCCAGCAGUCAUCUGGUGGAGCCUCAGCCGGUUCCUCCGGCUUCGGAGCCCAGCAGGGCGGCGGUGGCUUCAACAGCUUCGGACAAGGGGGAUCCGGCUUCGGGGGAAGCGGCUUCGGCAGUUCGCUAGUCGGAAAGUAGAUGAUGAUGAUGAUGGCUGAAUUUCCAAUGAAGAUUUUCUCCCAAAAGAUUUCAAGGAUUUCGUUUAAGAGGAUUUAAAGAUAUUUGAUCGACUUGGCUUACUUGAAGAAAAAAAAUCUAUUAAUAUAGGAGAAUCAAAAUGCAGGAAGAAUAAAGUUUGAAAAAUGUUAAACAUAACUUUCUAGAAUAGUUCAAAUGUAAUUGUGAAAUUGGAUUGGAAAUUCGCUUUAUUUGUAAAAAAGACGCUGUUAGGGAACGAAUCAAUAAAGUAUUAUUUAAACAUU